GUUCCUCCUGUAAGUGCAAUGAUUAAAUAUUCAUGUGCAUGCAGCAUAUACGUUACAUUAGUGACAUAUGAUUAACAGUAAUUUUGAAAUUGAUGCACUUUAUCGUAAAUACAAUUUUAAUGUGUACUUCACGGUUCCAUUAACAGAACUAGAUCCAGAAGUAGUAAUGACGUACACUUCCGUACGGAAUUGUCAAACGUUCAGUUUGUUGAGAUUAGGCUUCUUACCAUGAAUAGAGCUACAUUCGAGAAGCGAUUCUUAAGGAUAACGAAAAUAUUCGGGAAACUGAGUGGGAUUUGGCCAGAUCAAAAUAAAGUUAAGUUUAGUUUGUGGGCUAUGGUGCAUAUUACUAUGGCAUCAUUUGUCUUCGUACAGGUAGCGAGAAUUGUACAUAUAGGCACUUUGAAAGUCGUGAUAGAGCAGUCGUCUAUAAUAGGCACAGGAAUUGUCAUGGUCGUAAAACAUGGCAACUAUAUUCUGAACGCAAAGAAGCUUAAAUCGCUUUUGAAUGACAUGUCCGAGGAUUGGGCAAUCGAUCGAUUGAAAGAAGAAGUUGCCAUUAUGACGACAUACGCAUAUAGAGGAACCACUCUUGCGAUGUUUUACCUUGUAAACGCGUGCAUAUGCGCAUUCCUUUUCCUACAACUGCCGUGGACAGUGCGUCUAAUGCACAUGCUGGGAUCACACAAUACAUCGCUGCCAAUGGUGUACGCUAUACCAGCUUAUUAUUUUGUCGAGGAUGAUCGCAAAUAUUAUUACUACAUUCAAAUGUAUCUGGGCCUCUCUAUAUAUAUCGUGGUCAUUGUGUUCGUCGGUUGCGAUACUUGUUACAUGGUCCUUGUGCAGCAUGCAUGCGGAUUGUUGACUGUGGCUGGGUAUCGCUUCAAAAAUGCCAUCAGUGACCUUUCCUUCAGUGUGAGGAAUCCCGAGAAGGAGGAAAAGGAGAUAAAUAGAAGACUACGUUUUUCUAUACAGGGACACCAACGGGCAAUAAUGUUUCUGACAAAAAUCGAGAGUGCACAUGUUAUAUACCUUCUUCUGUGUAUGGGUAUAAUAGUCUUGUGUCUUAGUAUCACGAUGGUACAGAUCACUACGAUGGAAAUAUGUCUGGAUUUCUAUAAGUUUGUCAGCUUUCUGAUUCUUCAGUUCUUGCAUCUGUUCUGUCUAACGAUGCAGGGACAGUUCAUCAUAAAUUCGUCCGAUAUGAUUUACAAUGCAAUAUACGAGGCAUCAUGGUACAAUGCAAAUCCAAAGACGCAAGCGUUGUACGUAUUAGCAUUGCGGCGAAGUUUAACUCCACGCUAUUUAACUGCCGGUGGUUUAAUAGAAUUGAACAUGCGAAGCUUCUCAGAAGUGAUAAAACUAUGCGUUUCCUAUUACACAGUGUUGAGAUCAACAUAAAAAACGGACCGAUAUACACUGAAUUAUAGUAACUUUUGAAACUAGUUUUUGUGAAAUUGGAUUUUAACCCUCAAGUGCUAUCAUGGAUGCACUUUCACUAUGUGAAUUUUGUUUCAUUAUUGACCUUUUAAUAUUAUUAUUACAACGUGAUUUAUGACCACUGCAAAUAGUAAUUUUUAUAUUUUUCAUGUAAUAGU